UGACGGGAUGGAACGAAUCCAACCAAGUAUUAUCGUCCCUCCACGUGGGGUUGGGGAUAAGCUUAGGCAUUAGUGUGAGUGUCGUCUUGAUGCUGAUGAGCACAAGGUCGCCUCCAAUUACCAGCCCCAACCACGGAACGUUCUCUUUCCGCCGAUGAUGGCCUGUUACUCUGGUUCCGCCGCAACCCCUUUUCCCGCUUUCAGUGCACUCAAGUUCAAGCCACCAUCCCCUCUCCUAUCAUCUCUCACCCCCUACACGAUCCCCCCCAACUAUGGCGGGAUCCAGAAGAUGAUUCGGUGUUCCAUUGCCGAGGGUCCGGCCUCAGUCUCCGCUACUUCAGGAACCGACAAUGAGCAAUCGAUGCUGGACUGCGUCAUCGUCGGAGCAGGCAUCAGCGGUCUCUGCGUCGCCCAGGCACUUGGCACAAAGCACUGUUGCUCCAAUGUGAUGGUGACAGAGGCCAGAGAGCGCGUGGGCGGAAACAUCACCACCGAGGAAAGGGAUGGCUAUCUAUGGGAAGAAGGCCCCAACAGCUUCCAGCCCUCCGACCCCAUUCUCACCACGAUUGUGGACUGUGGCUUGAAGGAUGAAUUAGUGCUGGGAGACCCCAAUGCGCCGCGUUUUGUGUUGUGGAACGGCAAGCUGAGGCCAGUACCUUCCAAGCCUACCGAUUUGCCCUUCUUUGAUCUCAUGAGCUUUCCUGGGAAACUCAGAGCUGGCUUUGGUGCAAUUGGUCUUCGCCCAACCCCUCCAGGUCACGAGGAGUCAGUUGAAGAGUUUGUCAGGCGUAACCUUGGCGCUGAAGUUUUUGAGCGCUUGAUUGAGCCAUUUUGCUCUGGAGUUUAUGCUGGGGAUCCAUCAAAACUGAGCAUGAAAGCAGCAUUUGGGAAAGUAUGGAGACUAGAGCAAAAUGGUGGUAGCAUUAUGGGUGGAACUUUUAAAGCAAUCCAAGAGGGAUCUACCAGGGCUAAGGCCCCUCGAGAUCCGCGCUUGCCCAAGCCAAAAGGCCAAACAGUUGGAUCAUUCAGAAAGGGCCUUGCAAUGUUGCCUAAUGCUAUUGCCUUAAGAUUGGGAAACAGAGUCAAGUUGUCAUGGAGACUGACGGCUAUUAGUAGAUUGGACAACAGAGGAUAUUCUUUAACUUAUGAAACCCCGAAUGGAGUGAUUAUUCUGCAGAGUAGAAGUGUUGUUAUGACUGUUCCAUCAUAUGUAGCAAGUACAAUAUUACGCCCAAUUUCGGCAGUUGCAGCAGAUGCAUUGUUAAAAUUUUAUUAUCCACCUGUUGCUGCAGUCACCUUAUCCUAUCCUAAAGAAGCACUUCGGAAAGAAUGCCUAAUUGAUGAUGAACUGAAGGGAUUUGGGCAAUUGCAUCCGCGGUCCCAAGGGGUGGAAACUUUGGGAACUAUAUACAGCUCAUCACUUUUUCCCAACCGAGCCCCACCUGGAAGGAUUCUCCUUUUGAACUAUAUUGGGGGAGCAACUAAUACUGGAAUUAUCUCAAAGGGUGAGAGCCAGCUUGUGGAAUCUGUUGACUGUGACCUGAGGAAAAUGCUCAUAAAUUCUAGUGCGCCGGAUCCACUAGUCCUGGGAGUGCGGGUGUGGCCACAAGCUAUUCCACAGUUUAUGAUUGGGCACCUGGAUGUGCUGGACAGUGCCCGAGCUGCCCUGAGCAAUGGAGGGUUUGAAGGUCUGUUCCUUGGAGGUAACUAUGCAUCAGGUGUUGCCUUGGGCAGAUGUGUGGAGGGUGCAUAUGAAGUUGCAGCGGAGGUAACGAAUUAUUUGUCACAAUGUGCACGGAUCUAGAAGUUGCUUAGUCGGUCAGGAUUCAGGAAGCAGUAGCAGCAGGGUGUGUGGAAUUUUUGUAGUAGUGUAGAGAAGGCAGGCAGCUGUGGCUGUGCCUCCCAGUCUCUGAACGCACCCUACCCCCCUACCCUUUGUGAGGGCUGGCAUGAAUGUUUGAAGCAUCGUCUAACCUUCUUAUUUCAUCAAAUUCAAUUCAUCCAUGGGAGCGGAUGCUGCCUCUCCGUUCCCUUCUUUCUUUCUUUA